GCGCCUUUGCUCCUUUCAUCGUUGCAUCAGUGGCGAUGACGUCACAUUUGCGUCAUAGUGAACUGUUUUGAUUGGUGGUCACAUCAUAUGUUAUUCUACACAAAAAGAAUUCAGCGUGUUUUUCUCCUUCCACAUGUUUCAUCCUCCACAGGACGUCCCGGCUGCGUGUUCAUCUGUCGUCAUAACAGUCCCCGUGACGUUGACCGUCCUCCACUUCAACUACCCGUCCUCCACUUCUCCUGCGACUCCUUCAGCCUGUUCGGCCUCAGCACGAUCCUGGUUCAUGAGAAACCUCCACACAUUGAACCAGCCCCGCCCCCCUCCCUCUCCUUCCCCGUUGCCAUAGUGAGGCGCCAACACGGGACCGUGUGAUGCCGGUUCCCCUCGCGUCCGGGAUGAGGCCGCGGUUCUUCACUCCGGCGGAGGUCGCGGCUCACAACACCGCCGACGACCUGUGGGUCUCGUUCCUGGGCAAAGUGUGUGACCUGAGCCCGCUGAUGACCCGCUACAGAGGCGACAUUCUGCUACUACCCAUCAUGGAGUUCGCAGGAAAAGACAUCGGCAGCUGGUUCGACCCUGAAACCAAAGACAUCCUGAAACACGUGGAUCCACUGACUAACUGUGUGCGGUACUACACCCCCAGGGGGCGCUUCGUGCACGUGCCCCCCGGCGGGCCCUGCUCCGACUGGGACAGUGACACCGGCCAGCCCUGGUGGAGGGAUCCGGGCUACGAGGUGGGACUGCUCACGGCCAAGGCCCGGUGGAUACGAGUCGUCAACACGCUGACGUCGCAGGAGCAGCAGCUGGAGGUGUGUUCAGAGGAGACGCUGGCUGAGAUCCUCCAGCGCUACCUGCGCUACAACGGCCACGCCCACAGCUACACCUGGAAACACAACGGAGCGAUUCUGGACAUGAGCAGGACGCUCGUCCAGAACAACGUCCCCGACAACGACCGCGAGCUGGAGCAGCUGCGACUGGACCGGGACCUCUACGUCCCCUCCAUCCUGCUGCACUUCAACGACGACCUCACCGAGGCGUGACCUCUGACAUCAUCGAGGUCACUGACGACAGGACGACACAAGAGCGUCGCCGGCAACGUAAACACAGGAAACAGGAAACUCAUGUGUAACUGAGAGAUGAUUCAAUUAUUACAUUUUAAUAAAGAGAAGCGUCUGGAUUUUA